UUGAAGAUCAAAGCUGUGUGGACGAAACUUAAAUCAAAGCUGUGUCGAUGAAACUUAAAUCAAAGCUGAGUCAAUGAAACGUCAAGACUACGAAGCAAAUAAGAAGUAAAUUAACUCGAAGAUCAAGAAGACUCAGAUCCAAGACCUAAAACACAAGACUACCUCAACCUUCAGGACUCCAAAAGCACACCUGACCUCAGACGAACCUGAAAGUUUUAAAACUCAGCAAUGCCGAGGCUAUUAGCAACGAUCCUAUUCCUCUCUGGAGCUCAGUGCAUCCUCUCACCGGCCCUCCUGGACACCGUGUACCACAUGUUCUCGGGAUUACCGUCGACGCCGGACGACUCCGUGCGCGACGAGUCGUCGGCGUCCGGCGAAUACGAUUUCAUCGUGAUCGGCGCCGGUUCCGGUGGCUCGUUGCUCACGAACCGUCUGACCGAAAACCCGAGGUGGACCGUGUUGCUGCUGGAAGAGGGCAAAGACGAGAUGUUCCUGACGGACAUACCGCUGAUAGCGCCGGUCCUCCACGUGACGGACUACGUGCGGCUGUACAGGAGCGAGCCGAGGCCGAGGAGCUCGGACGGGACCGGCGGCUACUGUCUGUCGAUGAAAGAGGGUCGGUGCAACAUGCCGGGCGGCAGAGCGGUCGGCGGCAGCUCGGUGGUCAACUUCAUGAUAUAUUCGAGGGGUUCGCCGGCUGAUUACGAUGACUGGGCUGCGCAGGGCAAUCCAGGAUGGAGUUACCGGGACGUACUGCCGUAUUUCAGGAAGUCCGAGAACUGCAAGCUCCCGGAUCGUGACCUCAGAUUCCAUGGUCACGGAGGAUACCUCGACGUCACGACCUCUCCGUACGUCUCCCCGCUGAGGGAACGUUUUCUCCGAGCGGGCAAGGAACUGGGUUAUGACGUAAUCGAUUAUAACACCGACAAGCUGAUCGGGUUCUCAACCGCGCAGGUACAUUUGCGGAACGGUCGCAGGGUCAGUGCGAACAAGGCUUUCUUGCGACCUAUCCGCGACAGACCGAACUUCCAUCUAUCAAAAUUCUCUAGAGUCACCAGGAUCAUCGUCGACCGUACCACGAAAACCGCAGUGGGCGUGGAAUUCGUCAAGAAUGGCAGGAAACUGUACGCGACAGCUCGCAAGGAGAUCAUACUCUCAGCAGGAGCCUUGAACUCGCCGCAACUGCUGAUGCUGUCCGGGAUAGGGCCUAGAGAUCGUCUGAAGGCCUUGAAGAUCGACGUGAUCGAGGAUCUGCCGGUCGGCUACAAUCUUCAGGACCACGUGAGCAUGUCGGCGCUGACCUUUCUCGUGAACGAGAGCGUGACCAUCGUCGAGCCGCGUCUCGCCUCGAAUCUGGCCAACACUUUCGACUACUUCGUCAAGGGAACCGGUCCGCUGACCGUGCCCGGUGGCGCGGAGGGUCUCGCUUUCGUCGAUACUAGACGAAAACCGAAAGGAUCGUCUCGACCUGAUGGAAAAGUUGCACCGCCGAAUGUGUCCUCCAUUAGCGUCGACUCCGGAUACUUUAAAUCAAAAUUGGACUCUCCUACGAAUCAAAGGAAGGAGACGAGUGUCCCUGAUAUUGAAUUAGUACUGGGGAUAAGCGCAUUAACAGGGGACACUUCUGGAAGCUACAGAGGGUUACUGGGAUUGUCGGAGGAGUUUUACAGAGACGUGUUCUCUGAUUAUAUAGGUCUGGACGCUUUCAGUAUAGUUCCAGUGCUGUUGCACCCGAAAAGCAGGGGGCGAGUUACUUUGAACUCGUCCGAUCCCAUGGAUCCCCCUAUCUUCGAUAUCAACUAUUACGAUCAUGAACAUGAUUUGAGGACUAUGGUUAGAGGAAUCAAAAGUGCCCUAGCAGUCGCUUCGACGAGGUCUUUCGACCGCUACAACGCGACGCUGCUGCCCGUGGCGUUCCCAGGCUGCGAGACGAACAGGUUCAACACUGACCCCUACUGGGCCUGCGUCGCCCGGCACGUGAGCACGACCCUGGGUCACUUCGCGGGCACGUGCAAGAUGGCGCCGAGGAAGAACUCCGGCGUGGUGGACCAUAGACUGCGGGUCCACGGGAUCAAUGGUCUCCGCGUGGUGGACGCCAGCGUGAUACCAACCUUGAUAUCCGGCCACACGAACGCGCCGGUGUACAUGAUCGCGGAGAAAGCGGCGGACAUGAUCAAAAGGGAGUGGAAACCGGCGUUCAAAGGGACGCGGCAGAGGAUUCGAGUGUCUCCCGCGUCGACGCGAGUAUAUUUAAAUAGAAACGAUCGAGAUACAACCAGUACGAUAUGA